UGUGGUGGAUGGCGCCGAAGAGCCCCUGUCCACCAUGCCGCCGGACGUCGGCCAAGGGAAGGCUGGCGCCCAGCGGGUCGUGGCGGCGGAUGGUGGAAGGAGUCGGCUGUGUGUGGGUGGCAGCAAAGUGGAGGCGGACGUGGCGGGCGUGGCGCUGUGGACGGAGCCGCUGGCCGAGAAAAUGUUGGCGAGGACCUCGGGAUGCACGGAGCCGCUGCAAGGAGGGGCGCCAAAGGUGUCUCUGGGUCCCUGGUGGGUGCCACAGGGUGACGCCUCGCCCGUCGCCUUUUCCUUGCGGCAGGUGUGCACCACCGCGCCGCGCCUGGUCGUGGUACGCCCAGCCGGCACAUUCCACGGUCUCGGCGUGCUCUGCUCCGCCCUGGGCGGGGCCGUGCCGCCCGCCGCCACCCUAGAGGCUGCCCUCCCUGCCUUCAACGAGUCGUGUGAGGGCCCCGCGGGGCUACUCUCCUGGAUGGGCGGUGACCCUGCUGGUGGGGCGGCGGCCGAGGAGACGUGUCCUGCCGUGGCGGUGGGCGGCGACGCGGCGCGGGCCGCGUGCGUGCGGCAGCUGCCAUGUUCCGUCUGCGUCGUGCCGCGCGCCGCCCUCUACCGCCUCUACGGCCACGACGGCAGCCUCUUCGACCAGAUCUUCUACCUGGAGACAGAGGCUGACGGCCAGCCUACUUUCAUAGGCUCCAGUGGCUCGCGGCUGGAGCGCGCGGGCGACGGCUGGCGGCUAGCCUCGGUGCUGCACGGCCGCCGCUGGACUCUGGCGGAGGCGGCGGCGCUGCCGGUGGGGCGGCGGCGGUGGACGGAGGGCGGCGCGCAGACGCUGCUGGCGCUGACGGUGUGUCGCAGCGGCCAAUUCUCCUGCGACGACGGCCAGUGCGUGGCGCAGAAGGCGCGCUGCAACGACAUCGCGGACUGCCGGGACCGUUCCGACGAGGCCGAGUGCAGCGUGGUGGUACGCCCCGAGGGCUACGACCCCUACUACCCCCCGCCGCCGCGCCCCGGGGAGACGUCGCCCCUGGACCUGGUGUACCAUGUGGACGUGUACAGCAUGGACGACAUCACGACGGAGGGCGGCAAGGCCACCAUGAACGUGGGUAUGACCCUCACCUGGCACGACCCGCGCAUCAAGUUCCUCAACCUCAAGCCGGACAUCAAGAACUACUUCCCGUGUGACCUCGUCUGGACGCCCAGUGUGCGGGCCGUGUCGGGCCACGGCGAGGGCACCGUGCUGCAGACUAACAACUACGAGAAAUUCUGCUUCGUUCACGCUAACGACGAAAAGGUGGCGCGGCCCCUCACCGACCCCUUCAUGAGCCACCAGGCAGAGGGCUCCACGCACGCCAUCCAGAACUACGUGGGUGUGCUGGCAUCGACGCCGUGCCACUUCCAGCUGAUGCGUUAUCCCUUCGACAUGCAGCGCUGCAACAUUUCCUUCAUGUUGAUGAACGCCCCAUGGACUCGAGUGUUCCGCAAGGCCACGCCGGGGCAGCACGUGGACUACUUGGACUCGCGCCGCGUCCUGCUGGAGUACGAGCUGUACGCCCUCACCACGGAGGUCGGCGCCUUCCUGCAGGGCACCGACAACAACACCUACUUCGCCCUCACCUUCCACCUGCGGCGCCUCUACGGCUACCACGUCACCAACAGCUACUUCCCCAGCCUGCUCAUGUUCGUCAUCUCCUGGGCGACCUUCUUCUUCCAGAUCGAGGACUUCACCAACCGCAUCAUGAUCGCUCUGACGGCACAGCUGGUGUUGGCGGCGCUCUUCACCUCCACCAACCAGUCCUCGGUCAAGACGCCCUACCUCAAGCUGAUCGACGUGUGGUACGCCGCCAUCAUCACCUUCUGCUUCGUCAUCGUCAUCUCCCAGACCGUCAUCAACGUGGUCCUCAACGCUGCCUCGCUCCCCCGCCUCGCCUUCCUGCUGGUGGGGCUGCGGGGCGAGGACAAGGCGAAGGUAAGGCGGCGGAACACACUGAUUCUCUCCUCUCAUGUGAACAAUUUAAUAGUCAGGGUCAUAUUCUUGAACAUUUCGGCUCCCAAACACACACGCUUGACAAGGCUUUCGUAGUUGUGAGCAAGGUAAAGAGAAGGGGUCUACUCUCUUUACCUUGGUUGUGAGGCUUUCCAGGGGUAGCUUUAUGACUCCGGUGGUAGUUUAACCCUUCCUCUGUACCAUGAACCUAAAUCAAGACUCAUUAGAAGCCGAUUCAUCUCCUUUUCGGCCUUUGGAAAUAGCUGAUAUGAGGUAGAAGGCUUUCAUAAGAGUUUAGACCAUUUCCAGUAGUUUUAGGACUCUGGUGGUAGUUUAACAUUUAGGGUCGUAUUAUGAGACAUUUCGCAGCCCAAGAACACAUAUUUGACAUGGCUUUCGUAGGAGUUGUGGGCAUUUCCAGGGGUAGUUUUAUGACCCUGGUGGUAGUCUGACCCUUCUUCUGUACCAUGAACCUAAAAAAACACUCAUUAGAACCCGAUUGAUCCCCUCUUUGACCUUUAGAAAUAGCUGAUGUGAUAUGGCAGUGUCUUGUAAUACCAGCCUUAGCCUACUCUGUACCAUGAACCUAAAAACACUCAUUAGAAGCCGAUUCAUCUCCUCUUCGGCCUUUAAGAACAAUUGGUAUGCGAGGUAGAAGCGUCUGAGAACACCGACCUCAUCCUCACCCUGACUCUCCCAACCUCCUCACUCUUGUUCCAUCCACAGGCCAACGCGGUGAGGUUGAAGGGGUUCCCAGGCGAGGCUGGCGCAGGCGGGUCGCAGAUGGCAUUGGCUCAGCGGUAUAACGGUGUGCUGCGCGUGGGCGUUAUGGUGAUCGCCCUGUUCUUUGUCGGAAGCUACACCCUCAUGGCUCUAGACGCUGUAUAAGACACGGCAUCUCUUUGAAUCUUCUGGUGUUAGCGUUACGUUCCCCUUCGGCAGACAAUCUCUCUACGGUUAUGUUGUCCCUGAGUGAAGACGAUCGGCUGUAGCUUCGAAACUAACCACGGGGUGUCCUGGAAUAUACUCUCAUUGUGAUUCCCACUCAAAAGUAGGUAUUAUGUGAAUGAUACUAAACCUAAC